AUGGCCUACUCGUCUCGCCCAGCGUCCAUGCUCCCGCCCGGGGUGCCUGGCCCCCCCGCUCUCCGUCAGCCCAGCAGCUCCCAAGCGAGCGCGCAGCAGCAGUCCUCUGCGCUGUCGACGCGCAUCGCCGCGAAAAAGGCCGAACUGGACAAUCUGCGACAACUCCGCGACCUGAGCGGAACGCUGGCCAUGCAGAUGCAAGCGUUGGAGACCAAGGUGUCGACCCUCAAAGAUGGCACAGAAGGUUCGUCCAACCCCAAUCAGAAUCCCUACCGCGUGUGGUUGACGUGGCCUAGCCGUCGCUUGCGUACUCGCCAAUUGGGAGAAUGUCCUGCGGGCCAUCAGUAUUGCCUCUCGUACGUGUUAUCACCUCCGUACACCUCCGAUCUGCAACCGGACUCAUGCUUGAUACAUACAGAGAAGGCCAGUGGACUCCACGAACAUGCCGAGAGCGAGGCAGAAGCGCCCAAGGCGGAUGAUCGCCUGCCUGCGACGCUCGUGCGCAUACCCGCCGAGCCGAGUGAGCGGACGGGCGAAUAA